UCCCCAAAAAAAAAAAAAAAAAAAAGCCUCAAAUCGACUCCAAACUUUCUCAUCUCGCCGCGAUCCCCGACCGUACAAUCGCCGGCGUCUUUCCCGGUUGAUCGCUGCCGGAGAGUUCUUCAGUCUCCGCUCACUGAUCACGAGGUAAUCGGAGCGCCUUUUCGAUCUUUCUCGCAACAGAUAAGUUAUGGAUAAUUGGCAGCGAGCUUAGUUGUCUACUACGGAUCAUAGUUCUGUGAAGUAUUAAUUCUUUUCGAACGGUUAUGUGGUAUUUGUUGUCGAGAGAAAUUUUUCUUUAUUGAUAGCAAGAUAUGCGUUCUGAAGGGUGUGUAUACUUGAUCAUUUAACCAGCUUAGGAAGUGCAAGCACAACAUUGGAGAGAAAUUUGAAGUACAAGAAAAAUGAAUCAGGGCUUCUGGAUGGCAAAGGGUGCAGGAGGUCUAAAUGAUAGUGAGAUGGCUUACGAUAAUUCUUCUAGAAUUGAGCUGAAGCGUUCUCAUCAGUGGUUCAUGGAUGGCCCUGAGGUGGAGCUGUUCCCUAACAAGAAACAGGCGACAGGGGGUCCAACCAACAAUCUAUUUCCAGGAAUGUUAAACUCAAAUGUUUCUUCAUGGGGAAAUGCUUCAAGUUUUCAAUCAUUCUCUGGCCAAUUCACUGAGCGGUUAUUAGAUUCUGAGAUUACCAGGACUGCUAAUUUUGAUGACAGAAAUAUUCCAUCACUGAGCACAGAAAAAAUGGAUGUGGGAAGAAAAGUUAAUGAGGAUACAUUUGGGAACGAUCCCUCGUUUGGUUUAUCGAUGUCGCAUACACUGGAAGAUCCUAGGUCAGAUCUAAACUAUGGUGCAUUUAGAAAAGUUAAAGUCAGCCAGGUUAAGGACUCUGAAAAUGUCAUGUCUGUACCAAUGGAACAUGCCUACAAUCGGGAGGAUAACAAUACCAUGAUGGCAGCUCAUACUUACAAGGCAGAUGACAAUUCAAUAUCAAUGGGUCUCACUUAUAGCAAAGGGGAUGACAUCAUAUCUAUAGGUGACAUCUAUGACCGAGCAGAUAACAAUUUUAUGUCAAUGGGACAACCUUAUAACAAGGGGGAUGACGACUUGUCAAUGGGUCAAACAUACAAAGGAAACACCAAUACCAUAUCAUCAGGUCAUACAUUCAGCAAGGGUGGCAACAGUAUCAUUUCUAUUGGUCAAACCUAUGACAAGGCAGAUGACAAUACCAUAGCAACAGGCCACAUCUUUAAUAAGGAUGAAAAUACUUCUGUACCAAUUGUUCAUGCUUACACCAAGGGUGAAAACAAUACACUAUUAAUUGGUCACUCUUGCAAUAAGGGAGAGAGUACUAUCAUAUCCUUUGGUGGCUAUGAUGAUGAUGAUGAUGCUAAUCCCUCGGGAAGGCUCAUGUCUGGAUAUGAACUGUUAAUGGGUCAUCCUUCUGUCCAAAGAUCAGAAGCAGUAAAUGGGAAAGAAUUGGUUAAAUCAAGUGCUGAUGCACAUACAAGUACUUCCCAUAUAACUGCUUCUGGAACUGAAUAUAUUUCCAAAAAGAAAGACGAUCUGAAAAUGUCUAAGAAGAUUCCUCCAAACAACUUCCCAUCUAAUGUCAGAAGUUUGUUAUCAACUGGUAUGCUGGAUGGAGUUCCUGUAAAGUAUAUUGCCUGGUCAAGGGAGGAACUUCAUGGUAUUAUAAAAGGUACUGGAUAUUCAUGUGGCUGUCAGUCAUGUAACUUCACUAAGGUGAUCAAUGCAUAUGAAUUUGAGCGUCAUGCUGGAUGCAAAACAAAACAUCCAAAUAAUCACAUCUACUUCGAGAAUGGGAAGACUAUUUAUGGGAUUGUCCAAGAGCUUAGGAGCACACCUCAACACAUGUUGUUUGAGGUGAUUCAGACUAUAACUGGUUCAACUAUUAAUCAGAAGUCCUUCCGCCUUUGGAAAGAAUCCUUUCUAGCUGCUACACGUGAACUUCAGCGUAUAUAUGGAAAGGAUGAGGGGAAGCAAUUUUCAUGAAGCAAGCUCAUUCAAAUUGUGAGGUAGGGAUCAUCUUUGUUUUGUGCAUAGAAGUAAUCUUUUUGGCUAUUCCUUGUAGCGAUUGCACCACUAACUUAAGGGCUCUUGAGGUCGAGGUCGAGGUUGGGUUAGGAUGGGAUGGGGGUGGGGAGCAGCAGAGAUGUAUGAUGAAGGUUGUAGUCCAUGCUGUCUUGAAGAAAAAUGAAAUUUAAGAUGUGUUAGUUGUUACUAGAAAGAGAGAUUUUUUUUGUUACUUUGGUUAUCCACUCUCAUCAUUUUCAUUUAUCUUGGUUGUAUAUGGUAUCCUCACUAAUGGAAGUAAUCAUUUUGCAAGGAA